UUUGCCGUGUCCGCAAACAUGUACUGAUUGAUUACUGCUCUGGAUAACAGCCGACGCAGCCCGAUUCUUCGAGAUUUCCACGAUUCUGCUCCACAAGUAACGGCCCCUGCUCCUCAACUUGAUCUGCUGCUAAACGCUGCGCCAACGAUUUUCCCAGAGCGAGUUGGGUAUUCGGGACAGGAGAAUGUGAAUGCCUUUGUCAAUCUGCGUCAGCCAUGGAUGGCUCCGGCCGUGAAGUGCUUGUUGAGCUCGAUAACAGAGAUCUUACCACCGUGCGAAGCGAUCCUGCCUAUGAAAGGUUGAUUGAACAGCUUCCUACGCACCACAUUUGCCAGCAACUGAUCAGAAAUUAUUUUGAUGAGGCCAAUUGGAAAUUUUACGCUCUAGAGCAAUAUUACUUCGAAAAGCUCUAUUCCUUGUGGCUCCACGCGACAGUAGCACCAGCUUACACUAAGUCUAGCCAACGAGUCCCCAUCGAUCUCAUCUAUUUCCCGGCUCUGUUCUUUCAGGUAUUGGCCGUGUCCCUUCAAUUCUUGCCCCCAACUGCCAAGGUGAGAGGAGGGCUGAACAUUUGUGAGCAAUCUGAUUGUGACAAACUAUCGCUCAGUUUCAGCAAUAUAGGCAAGGAGAUCGUGGCCUUGCUCCCCUUGAUUUCCCUCGCGACUGCGUUUUGUUGAAGAAAUGGCCAAUUCCCUGCUAGGUGACCCGACGCGUCACCUUUCGGCAAGCGCUAGGCUUAUAACUUCAUUAAAUGAUAACCAG